AUGAAAGAAGGUGAACUUAUCUCUGAAUACUUCUCAAGAGUUUUGACGGUUACUAAUAAUCUAAAAAGAAACGGAGAGAAGUAUGAUGAUGUAAGAAUCAUGGAGAAAGUUCUUAGAUCGGUAGAUCCAAAGUUUGAGCAUAUUGUCACUGUCAUCGAAGAGACAAAAGAUUUGGAGGACGUGACAAUAGAGCAACUUCUUGGGUCGUUGCAAGCUUAUGAGGAAAAGAAGAAGAAGAAGGAAAAUAUCGAGGAGCAAGUACUUAAGACACGAGUCGAUUCACCUAGAGAAGAGCAUGGUCGAAGCAACCAAAGACGAGGUGGCACUCGAGAAUGUGGACGUGGUCGUGGAUAUGGAGGCAGACGAGGUUGGAGGCCUAAUGAUGACAACAACCAAAGAGGAGAAAUCUCAUCAAGAGGUCGUGGGAGAGGAUCUCCAAAAUCAAGGUACGAUAAGUCACGGGUUAAAUGCUAUAAUUGUGAGAAGUUUGGGCAUUAUGCUUUCGAAUGUAGAGCUCCUGGAAAUCAUAGAGUUGAAGAGAAGGCCAAUUAUGUUGAAGAAAUAAACCAAGAAGAUUGA